AUGCUGUCCCGCUCCGUCCUCAGAUCCUCCCGGGCUGUGACCUCCAGGCUAUCGGCGCAGGUCGCCUCUGCCUCUCUGCGCGCCCAGUCCCCGCUGCUCCGCGCCUCGGUAGCUCCCGCCGCUGCCGUCUCUCCCCUCAGGGUCGCGUCGAGAUGGUAUUCCGAGUCGACUGAGGCCAAGAAAGAUGAGAAGAAGGAGGGCGAGGAACAGAAGCAGGAGCUGUCCGAGGCCGACAAGCUGAAGGAGCAGGUUGAGGCUAAGAGCAAGGAAGUCGUCGAGAUGAAGGACAAGUACCUCCGCUCCGUCGCCGACUUCCGCAACCUGCAAGAACGCACCAAGCGCGAGGUCCAGGCCGCCAAGGACUUUGCCAUCCAGCGCUUCGCCCGCGAUCUUGUCGAGUCUGUCGACAACCUUGACCGCGCCCUCUCCACCGUGCCCAAGGACAAGCUGAAUGAGGAGAACAAGGACCUCGUCACUCUGUAUGACGGCCUGAACAUGACCAACACCGUUAUGAUCAACACCCUCAAGAGGCACGGUCUCGAGCGUUUUGACCCCAGCGCCGAGAGCGAGAAGUUCGACCCCAACCUCCACGAAGCUGUCUUCCAGACUCCCAUGCCCGACAAGGAAGAUGGCACCUGCUUCUUCACCCAGCGGACGGGCUUCAUCUUGAACGGCAGAGUUCUCAGGCCCGCUCAGGUUGGCGUUGUCAAGAACGCUUAG